AUGUACCUUCUUUCUUUCUUUCUUUUUCUUUCUUUCUUUCUUUCUUUCUUUGUUAUUCUUUCUUUCUUUCUUUAUUUCUUCCCUUCUUUCUUUGUUUCUUUCCUUCCUUUGUUUCUUUCUUUCUUCAUAAUGUUUAUUUCUUUUUUCUUUCUUUCUUUCUUUCUUUCUUUCCUUCCUUUGUUUCUUUCUUUCUUCAUAAUGUGUAUGUUUCUUUCUUUCUUUCUUUCUUUCUUCAUGACAUGUCCCUUUUGUAUCUUUCAUUCUUUCUUUCUUUCUUUCUUUCCUUCCUUUGUUUCUUUCUUUCUUCAUAAUGUGUAUGUUUCUUUCUUUCUUUCUUUCUUUCUUCAUGACAUGUCCCUUUUGUAUCUUUCAUUCUUUCUUUCUUUCUUUCUUUCUUUCUUUCCUUCCUUUGUUUCUUUCUUUCUUCAUAAUGUGUAUGUUUCUUUCUUUCUUUCUUUCUUCAUGACAAGUUCCUUUUUGUAUCUUUCAUUCUUUCUUUUUUUCUUUCUUUCUUUCCUUCCUUUGUUUCUUUCUUUCUUCAUAAUGUGUAUGUUUCUUUCUUUUCUUUCUUUCUUUCUUUCAUUCAUUCUUUCUUUUUUUUUCUUUUAUAAUUCUGUGCAUUCUUUCUUUCUUUCUUUCCUUCCUUUCUUUCUUUCUUUCUUUCAUAAUGUGAAUAUUCUUUCUUUCUUUCUUUCUUGUAUAUUCUUUCUUUCUUUUCUUUCAUUCUUUCUUUCAUUUUUCUAA